UCAUUCGUUCCUUCUCUCUCUCCUGCAAAAUCUCUCUCUCCAGUGCUAUUUUCUUCAUUGCUAAACAGUUCUCUCUCGCCACGAAAAACCUGAAAAUAAAAAUAAAAUUUUUAACCACUUGAGGAGGACAAGAGAUGAUAGCGCUGUCUCAGGGAAGUUGAUUCUAGGGUUCUUUGUUAGUUGGCUGUUAACGUCUGGUUUGCUUGCGGUGAAAGAGAGGAUAGGAUUGUUUCGUUCGGAGGUAAUUUGGGAAGGCAUUGUAAUUGUUUCGUUCUAUGAUUGAUCGUUAGCUCUAUAUUAUCGUAAUUGCUAUAGUGUUGUGGAUAAUGGUUAUCCAUUAGACUGAUAUUUGGAUAGAGAUGGGUUCGUGCGAGGAUCCGAGCGGAGUCUUGCACGAGGCUGCUCUGGGGCAGGAUUCAUUAACGGGCUUUGUGCAGAGUCACACCUCUGAGCUGCCGUCCUUCUUGAAACCGGGUCUUGAUUCUCUUGAAUUGACUGGGAUUCAUGCAGCCCCUCCUGAGAUACAGAAUGGGUUUGAAGAGCUGUCGUUUGAUGAGACUGCUGCUUGUGUGAGCUAUGACUACACGGAGAGGGCGGCUGCCAACAAUAGCGAUGACCUGGUUGGUGAAUGUGCCAAUGUGGCUGUUCCGAUUCUCGAGAAAGUAUUGGAUGAUGAGGGUCAGAUUGAAAUCGGAAAUCGUUGUUUGAAAAAAGAAGGUUUAUGUAUGGAAAAUGCUGGGAUACAGGGUAAGGAUGGGCUGGUAAUAUCAAUAGAGACUCAUGAAACGUCUGCGACUCACUUGAAGCGAAACUGUGUUCAAGCGAAGGAGCAGAAGGGUUAUAAUGGUGUCAAUGGCCCAUCCUCAAAAGGACUUGUGGAAGAGAAAGGUGAUAGUUUAGCUGUGAUGGAGUCUAAUACUAGAGAUAAUGUCUCAGCCUACUGUGAAAUGCCCAUGGAACGUCAAUCUAUGACUAGCCCUAGCCAUUGCCCUGAACAGGAUUGUCAGGAGGAUGAUAAGUUUGUCAGUUGCCCUUUUACUAAAAGGAUUCUGAGGGUGAUAGAAGAAGAACAUGAUGCUUUAGUAGGAACCGAGACCCUUAGUUGUAACGAAUCAGUUCCUCCAGAGGGUUGUGAAAUUUCCUCAGAAUCAAUAUUUGGCCCUUAUUCUCCAAACCGACAUAUUCAAUUUGAUGAGCACAAGCGUAAUCAAUGCAUCGGUUCUUCAUAUGUGGAAGGGUUUGUAAGGGUAAGUGAGGAGAGAAGUCGUGUUCUUGUUGAUCCAGAUUCUCUUUCUUGCAAGCCGAUAUUGCCUUCAGAGGGUGCUGAAGUCUCAGCAACUUGUUUGGCAACAAAAAACAUUCAACAGGGUGAGCAAAAGGAUGAUAAGAGUAUCGAUUGUCCCUUUGCGGAGGGGGCUAUGGAGGUUAAGGAAGUGACGAUUUUCAAUGACCAAAUAUUGCCUUCACACAACUGCGAAAUACUAUCAGAAUUAAUGCCUGUUACUAUUUUGUCGAAGAAUUGUGAUGAAGAAAAUGUGCUGGACACUUGGAUUUUCCAUGCUCUCGACCGUAACACUGAUACAUCAUAUCAGAUCGAAGCUCAUAGUUGCAACCAGAUAUCUCAUCCUGAGGUUGAUGAAAAGCCUGAAAGGUCGUUAGCAGGUGAUUUAGAAAGUUGUGGUUGGCAUGGUAAUCGGAAAAAUGAGACAGGUGAUAGUGACCCGUAUACUGAGAGGUCUACAAAAGGUGUGGAAAUAAAAAACUCUGCUGAAACAUGUGUUCACGUUUUGAGUCCACAGUAUGACCAAAGCGAUGCUGAGCAUGUUGCUGGUCCCUCUACAGAAAGCAAUUUGGAGCUUUUGGAAGAGAAAAAUGAUUCUAAAGCUGAUAUAAAGGUUGAACUUUUCUCCCAGUUAUCAUCUAUUGAACAAAAUGCGUUAAGUUCAGGGAAAGGUUUCUUCGGAAUGGCUGCCAACAGUUUAUUGGAGAGACCAACUUCUCUGCAGUUAACUGGCUGCCCUGGUGUUUUUGAGCAAAGUUCUCUUAUGAGUUUGGAUGUGAAGGAUUGUUUAAGGAGGAGUGUGUUUGGCCCCAUUGAUUCUGUUUCUGCUGUUGACAGUUCUGGACCGGAAGAUAACAAAGAAAUAAAUACUGUCAAAGUCGAUCAGGUUUCUGAAAUCAAAUUUUCUAAAAAUGUGUAUUUGUCUUCUCCAAGGGAAAACCGAACAAGGAAAUCAAGCCGGAAGUCUAACGGGAAAAAAUCUGCAAGGAAACAUAGAGAUGCAGCCAAAGUGCCCCAUCAACAUGAAAUUCUUGAAUAUAUUCUGAAAUCUCCCAAAAGAAAGAGAAGCCAUUUUUCCAGAUUGGCUCGUUGUGCUCUCUGGGGAUCAAUGGGGAACAUUACACAACUUUUUAAGCAAAGCAAUGGGCUUGGGCUUGAUUAUGUUCUGAAUCAAGAGUCAAUAAAAUCUGUAGGCAGGCGAGGAAGUGGGAAGAAGUACAAGAGUGGGGAAGGUGGAAGCUCUAGAAGAUCGGGCAGAAAGUCUAGUACUCCAACCAGUGUUUUACAUUUGAAGGUCAAGGUGGGAAGUGAGAAUUGUCAAAGUAAUCUGAAAAGUGUGAUUCCCGAGGUACAGCAUACCUCAGCUUCUGCUGUGGCUAACAUUUAUAAUUCUGGAAGUGACUUUUGUCCGGGAGACGGCAUUGAACCUUCAAAAUCAGCCAAUGGUACUGACGAUGAAUGGGGAGAAGAGGUGGCUGAAAAGCAGCUAUUCUCUGUUGACAAGUAUCUGGAAAAUGCAAAAACAGAAUUAGAUGUGGAUUCCCAUGGAGCAAAUAGCGAGUGUACUUUGGUCCCUGACAAUUUAGAUAGAGAUGGUGCAAAUCUUGGGUUUGCCUCCCAUAUGGUGGUUGAAGCAUUGGGAGGAACAAUUGAGUGUACCUAUGCCAAUCCUGGAACUUCGCCCGAUUCAGAUGUUACCAAUAUAGUUCUUGAUGCUGAAGUCGUCACAAAACAAGAAGAAGAGUUGAAUGGUUCUUCUUACUGUGGAGCUGUUGCCCGCAAUAAGAAAGGAAAGAAUAAAGGGAACCUUCCUUAUGUUGGUGCAGAUAUCAUAAAGACAGCUAAACCAUUAAAAAAAGGGGGAGGCAAGCAGAAAUUGGGAGAUCACUUGUCCUGUAGUGAAAGUCUUACUUCAUCCACCACAGGGACUGCUUCAAGUAUUUCAUCAAGCAGUAGAGGUUUGGAGCUGUUAUCCAUACCAAUAGAGACUGAACUCGAAGUCCCUGGAGAGAAAUUGGAAGUCAAAAUUGAUGUGGAAGAUGAAAAGUGCAGCAAUCUAGAUGGACACCUCAGUCUUUCAGAAUCAGAAAAUUCUCAAAAUGUGCUUUAUUCAGCUAAUUCUGAAAGAGUUCAACCUGCUAAAAGUUCAGAACCUGAAGGAUUGAGCAAGGAAAGAUCCAAGAUAUAUAAUCUGGCGAAAAGCAGGAAAGCAAGUGCUUCUUGUAAGAAGGGAAGCAAACAGAAGUUGGUUAAUAAGGGCAACGUAAAAGAGAAGAAGGCAUGUGAUCACGCUACCAGCAUAGUAGAAGGUUACCCUGAAUCAGGAAAUCAUAUAGUAGAUGCAAUUGGCAGCAACAAUGUUGUAUCCAUAAGUAAUUUGGACAUGGCAUCAGGUGUUGUAAUUGAGCAGAGUUUACCUGCGGAAAGUGCUUGGGUACGCUGUGAUGAUUGUCAUAAAUGGAGGCGCAUUUCAGAUGGCCUUGUAAAUUCCAUUGAUGAAAGUAGUCCAUGGUCGUGCAAGGACAACAUGGAUGAAGCAUUUGCUGAUUGCUCCAUCCCUCAAGAGAAGUCAAAUGCAGAUAUUAAUGCUGAGUUGGGCAUAUCAGAUGCUGAUGAAGAUGACAGCCUUUUGAAUCAGAAGGGGUCAGAAUACAAACAUAUAACAGUUUCACAAGAAUCAUCUUUCAAACGUAUUGAUGCUAAUGAGUUCCUGCACCGCAGCCGUAAAAAUCAAAAUAUUGAUGAGAUCAUGGUUUGCCACUGUAGACCUCCUCAAGAUGGCUGGUUGGGUUGUGGAGAUCAAUGCUUGAACAGGAUGCUUAACAUUGAAUGUGUUCAAGGCACCUGUCCUUGUGGGGACAUUUGCUCAAAUCAACAGUUCCAAAAGCAGGAAUAUGCCGGGAUGAAGUGGGUUCGAUGCGGGAAGAAGGGUUUUGGGCUGCAAUUGCAACAGGAUAUAUCCAAAGGGCAGUUUCUUAUAGAAUAUGUUGGAGAGGUGCUUGAUAUGCAUGCUUAUGAAGCACGGCAAAGGGAGUAUGCUGCUAAGGGGCAUAAGCAUUUCUACUUCAUGACGUUGAAUGGCAGUGAGGUAAUAGAUGCAUGUGCAAAAGGAAAUUUGGGACGUUUCAUAAACCAUAGUUGUGAUCCUAAUUGCCGAACGGAAAAGUGGAUGGUGAAUGGAGAAAUUUGUAUUGGACUUUUUGCAUUAAGGGAUAUUAAGAAGGGAGAAGAGUUGACAUUUGACUACAAUUACGUAAGGGUGUUUGGGGCUGCUGUGAAAAAAUGUUAUUGUGGCUCACCUCAGUGCCGGGGUUAUAUAGGUGGUGAUCCACAUAAUGCUGAAGUAAUUGUUCAAGGCGAUUCAGAUGAAGAAUUCCCAGAACCUAUGAUGCUUGAAGAUGUGAAAACUGGAGUACACUUGAAAGAUACGAAUCUCAGAACCAAUUCCUUUGGCAAUGAAGACAUGAAAUCUGUUGAGGUACCUAUUGUAAGUUCGGAGAUGACAACAGAAAUUGGAGAUGCAAUCAAUCUUUCUGCUUCUGUCACUUCUCAACCUCAUAGUUCCCUGGAACCGGAGGCCUCUAAAAGAAAAUCUCCAUGUUCUAGUCAUCCAGUAGAAGUCUCCUCACAGACAAUCUCAGCUACUAAAUCUACAUCUCAUGUCAGGGAACCUACCCCACCAGAGAACACCUUGUGUUCUGUGCAAGUGCUGGAGAAAUCAUUUUCUGUUGAUGUUGAUGCAAGUAGGAAGUCAAAAUCUGAAACUGUUAAAGGAAAGCGGGUUUUCUCAAAAUCGCGGUUCUUAAUAAAAAAUUCACAUUCAUGUGGUUCUCUUAAAAAAGGAAAAGUUAAUGGUAAUCUAGCAAAUGAGAACAAGGUUCAGAUGAUUGCCAACAAACCUCAUGUGCUGUCUGUCAGAACCAAAAAGUUGGUGGAAGGUUCUUCUGAUGGCCAUUUUGAAGCAGUUGAGGAGAAGCUUAAUGAGUUGUUGGAUGUCAAUGGUGGGAUAAGCAAGCGGAAGGAGGCACCUAAAGGCUACUUGAAGCUCUUGCUCCUCACAGCAGCUUCUGGUGGUAGUGGCAAUGGGGAAGCUAUUCAGAGCAAUCGAGAUCUUUCCAUGAUCCUUGAUGCACUUCUAAAGACAAAAUCACGAGUUGUCCUGGUUGAUAUAAUUAACAAGAAUGGUUUGCGGAUGCUCCACAACAUAAUGAAGCAGUAUCGAAGGGACUUCAAGAAGAUCCCAAUUCUCCGGAAACUUUUGAAGGUUUUGGAGUAUUUGGCAACAAGGGAGAUACUUGCUUUUGAUCAUAUAAACGGAGGCCCUCCUUGUCCUGGAAUGGAGAGCUUUAGGGAGUCUAUGCUGUCAUUGACAGAACAUGAUGACAAACAGGUUCAUCAAAUUGCACGUCACUUUCGUGAUAGAUGGAUCCCAAAAUUUGUCAGAAAAGCUAACAGCUUGGAUAGGGAUGAUGGAGGGAUGGAAUUUCAUAGAGGUUCGAGCUGUGGGAGCGUUUCAGUAUCACAUAAUCACUGGCGUGAUGAUGCUGUUAGAUCUAUAAAAGCAAUUGACUGCGUCAUGCAAUCAGUGCCUGUCACAACUUCAGUGGAUGGCACUGUUCAAAAGGGUUCUUUUGAAUCUUCUGCUGGUGGUUGCAAGACCAAUGGUGCAAAGACUCAGAAGCGUAAAAGUAGAUGGGAUCAGCCAUCAAUGCCAAAGACUAAUGUGAGAUCUAGCAUCUCACCAAACGUAGGAGAAGUGGAUCAUUUAGAGCAGGUAAGCAGAGAAGAUAACAGCUGCCUUGAAUAUAUUCAGCGUCAGUGUCUGCAAAAUGAAGUUAUCUGUUCUGCCAAUGGAAGGAUAAACUCCCCCGUGGAUGUCCCUCCUGGUUUUUCAUUUCCCCUUAAUCCCACCCUGGUUUCAUCGUCUACUUCAAUAACUCCACAAAGUGUUGUCCGCUUGAACUGCCCCGUAGAGGUGGUUGUUGGUCAUUCGCAAGGUAAAUUUAUUUCCCGCUUGCCCGUGGCAUAUGGAAUUCCAUUGCCUAUUGUGCAGCAGAUUGGCUCGCCAGACAAUGAGAGACUGGAAAGUUGGGUUAUUGCUCCUGGAAUGCCUUUCCGUCCUUUUCCUCCUUUACCUCCAUAUCCUCGUGAUACAAAAAGUACUCCACAUUGUGUGGUUAAGUCUACGGCAACUAAUGAACAAGCACAAGGACAUAAGGACAGCCUUGAUACUAGUUGUUAUCCACAUGAAAAGAAUCAUACUACAAUUUUUCCUCGCCAAUCAGAGGCGAACUUGCAAGUUGCAAACGUCCAGGAAACGUGUAAACGAGCUAGGGGAUCCUCAUAUGAUUUGGAAAAGAAGUAUUACAGGCAGCAAAAUUGGAAUAAAGUGCCCCCGUGGCUUCGAAGAGGUCAGUGGGGAUAUGCGGGUAACAAUUUAAGAGGUGGAAUAUGCAGCGUAGACGUAGGAAACGUGACAAAUGAGUCCAGAAGUCCAUAUUGUACACAGGAUGUAAACCAUGGAGUGGAGAAAGCUGGUUGCUAUUAUAAUCCGCAUCUGCACCCACAUCUGCAUCACCAAAAUCAGCAUUGAUUCGCAGGGAAUGUUUUGAGGCACCAAAAUUUUUUCUCAUUUAGAUAUUUAUACUCCAGUUUUUUAUUUGCCAUAGAAAAUUCAUUGAAUUGCAGAGUCCAUGUGAUUGUUAUAGCUGAGUGGAAAAACAUGAUCCAGCUUGCAAUUUAUUCUCUCUUGGUUUUGUCCAUUCAUACUUUUAAGUUUAAAGUGGUAGGCAUUCUUCUCUGUGUACCAUUUUCUCAUGGAGAAAUCUAGAAACUUCAUUAACUUGGGAUCAAGAAUAGUAGAGGUUGACCAAUUUCUUGGUCUCUAUGUUAGAAUUUUGUUUCGAGUGGCGGGGAAAGUAUUUGAUGAUGUACAAAUGGAUGCUGACUUAAAUUAUGAGUUACAGAAUAUGAUUUGUCACCUGGAUUUCUGAAAGAAUUUUAUUGCUUCUGUGCUGACAGUUGGAUUUACUAUAGUGACGGAGCAACGGACAUUCAGAAUCCAAAA